AUGUGUGGAAUUGAAGCAGGAAAAUCGUUAGAAACUUAUACACAACUACUUUUCGAAGAAGCAGAUUUACAUUUAAAAGAAAACGAAUUCAAAAAUUUAAGUGAUUUUUCCGAUCGUGUAGACCUCGUAUAUAAUUGCAUAACCAAAUUAAAUACAUUUAAAACUGAAGUUGCUAAACAUCAGGACCGAAAAUCAAAUAGAGAAUCAGAAAUGAUAAGAAAACAAGGCAAUGAUUUAUUUUUACGCCAGGGAAACUAUUUGGUUGCAUUAGAAUAUUAUACAAAAAGUAUAGCUUAUGCUGAAAGUGGAAGCACCAACUUGGCUUUAGCAUAUGCUAAUAGAUCUGCAUGUCUUUAUGAAAGAAGGUAUUAUAAGCAAUGCUUAGAGGAUAUUGACCGAGCGUUAUCAUUAGACUAUCCAGAAAAGUCGAAACAAAAAUUGCUGAAACGAAAAGCUUCAGUUGAGACUCAAAAAUCUAAGCAGAAACAAGUCAGUUAUUACAAUAGUCCCCCUGUUAUCAAAUCUAAAAACCCUUUGAUAGAUUGUGCAGAAGAUUCUAUAGAAAUACAAUACAACAAAAAAUAUGGUAGACACGUCAUUGCAAGUCGUGAUAUAAAAAUUGGAGAAGUUUUAUCAGCAGAAAAUUCUGUUUGUCAUGUUGUACAUCCAGAAAGUAAAUAUAUACACUGUCAUGAGUGUCUAGAGCUUUGUUAUAAUUUGAUUCCAUGUGAGAGCUGUUGCAGUUCAUUGUAUUGCAGUGAGGAAUGUAGAAGCAAGUGUUAUGAGGGGUAUCAUAAAUAUGAGUGUCAGUUCCACAAGAUUUUGCUUUCUCCUCUAAUGGUGUUUAUAAAAUUAGCGUUAAUAGGUAUGAAUGAUUUAAAGAAAAUAGAAGCUGACUGCCCUGACAAUAUCCAUCUAUUUAAUUCCUUUAAAGAAAUUAUAAAAUUGGAAAUGAAUGAAGAAAACUGGAAUUAUAUCAACCUUUGUAUCCCCGCAAUUGCUGCAUCUAUAGCUUAUUACACUCUUAAAGAAAAUCAAGAAUUCACUUCAAAAUAUGAUACAGAUGAAGAUGAUUGUAAUAUAAAGAAACUGCUUUAUAAGGCUUAUAUGAUUAAUACUUUCUUUCCAUUUAACAUUAAAAAAAUUCGAUACACUCCAAAUUAUAUUGAGUCCAAGAGAGUCGGGACUGCUCUAUAUGCUUUUACUAGUUUUUACAAUCAUUCUUGUGUACCCAACUGCGAAUUUUUCUAUUAUGGUUCGCUGAUAGUAACAAGAGCACAAGCUCCUAUAAAAAAGGGAGAACAAGUUACUAUUUCUUAUGGAAGCUAUUUCUACAGAACACCAAAAGCUACUCGACAAGAGAUUCUUAAGAAAACCUACUUCUUUAAUUGUGAUUGCAAGGCUUGUACCCACAAUUGGCCUACAAUAAUGGAUUUGCCAAUAGGCAAGGAUCUCUCCCUGUGGUUCAUAUUGAAAGUUUCUCAAAACAUUUUUGACGGCACCGAAUCGAACCAGAAACUGCAAGACGAACUUUUAACGGAAAGCAAGAGAUUGUAUUACGAGUUAGAAGAGGACCAACCUUGCCAGAAUUUAUUGAGAGUGCAACAUAUGAUCACUGAAAUAUAUGCUUACCAGGCUAGUAGGGACGUUGAAUUUUAA